AUGACUUCAUCUGACCUGAUUUCAAAACAUGAACAACUUGAUCAAUCAAAUUAUAUGACAAAUGAAACAUUUUCUAUUCUACUUGAACCUUCAUAUAUUUAUUGUGGUAUAGCUUAUAUUCCUCAACCACGAAAUGAACUUGCUAUUGUUUUUGCACAUAAUGAUAAAAAUAUAUUAGAAUUACGUCGAACAGAUGAUAAUAAUUUUGAUAUAAUUCGCUCAAUUGAAUUAAAUGAUAUAUCUUUAUCUAUUGAUGAUUUCGUUUGGUGUUCACAUCGAAAUGAAUUUUUGUUUAUGUCAAAUGGACAGCUAAUAACAUAUAAUCUUGAACAAGAACAAAUAACAAAUACCUUACUUAUUGAUAAAGAUAAAAAUAAAUGUCGUAUUGCAUGUAAUUCAACAUUAAUUGCAUGUGUAGAUUCUCGAACAUUAAAAUUAUAUGAAAUAAAUACAUUAAAAUAUCUUCGUCAAAAACGUCUUGAUCAUGUUUGUGAAGAUAUUGAAUUUGAUGAUCAAUAUUUUGUUUCAACACAUACGGGAAAAUUAGAAUUUUUAGAUCGAACACUUUUUUCUACACGACGUUUUGCUAUUGGUGGUACAUCAAUAUGCCAAUUUAAUACAAAAUUAUGGCUUAUUGCUGAUGCAUUUGAUGAUCGUCUUUUAUGGCAAUCACUUGAUAAACUUUUACUAACUAUUUGUCAUAUACAUCAACCUAAAUCAAUUGCUGUUAUUCCUACUAUAUCUCGAAUUAUUGUACAAUGUAAUGAUCCAAAUCGAUUAUUAAUAUUUGAUUCAAUUAGUAUUAAUUCUUCUGCAUAA